GAGCGCGCGCCUCCCAAACCGUAACCGCUGCCUGUCACCGGCGGCUGACAUCACACCGACGGUCCGCUACGAUGUCAAACAUGCACCGGCAGCCCGAGCUCAUGGCCUCCCCGCGCCACACGGACAAGCGUCGCCGCGCGCUGCUGCUCAUCCUCUGAACGGCAACUCUUCUUCUACGGCUUUAAUUCGGCUCCAGCAUGACGUCCAGAUCUAUGUGAGUGUGAUCCAGGGCAGAGGUCAUGCUGAGGAGGGAAUCUGACUCCCACGGCCUGUUUACCUCCGGAGAGACGUCUGACAAUGACUGUGAGAUGGGGGCGACUUGUGGAGAGGUAGAUGUAGUGUGUCUGUGCGAGGCUGGUCCCUGUACACUUUAUUCAGAAGCACACACGCCUACGCCGGACACGCUGCUGUGUGAACACUGUGGAAAAAACAGAGUAAUGAUAACCAGGUACUCGGAGGGAUAUGGCACAGAGGAGGAGUGUGUCUUAUCUGACCCUCAGGGGGAGAGCGAUGCAGAUGCUGACAUAGAGGAUACAGAUUGCAGACUCCAGGACCCUGCUUCGCUCCAGCGAAUCAGCUCGCGGAGACGAAAGCGUCCUCGGGUAGCGCGGCAAGACACCACGGAGAGCGAAGACGACGGUGGGCGGAGUCACAGAACCCAUCGCUGGAACCUCAGGCUCAGUCCUGACAGAGCACACAGCAGGACCAUACUGGAGGAGAGCAUAUCACAGGUCCGGCCGCUGGUCAUCUGCCAGCCCAACGCCGAGAGGCAGAAGAGUCCAGCCGAACUCCCCCAAGGCUCCAAACUGAUGUCUCUGUGGCCGACGUCCAUCUCCCUUCCUCUACUCCUCCUCCUCUCGCUGCCUCUCUCCCUCUCCCUCGUCUUUGUUAUCGUGUCUUUCCUCCUGCCAUGGGCCAGCGCUUGACCCCACAUUUCAAGAGUUUCAUUCCAAAACUUAUAAAAAGUUCCACCAACUCAUACAACUUAGUGGGUAGCAUAAAGACAAACACAUUAGCGACAGUAGACUAGCAAACUAGACAUAUUGAAUUCAGUGUUGCUUUUUCCCUGCCAGAAUCUACAAACUUAAUAUUCUGGAAGAGUUUGGCAUUAGGUUGUCCUUAAAGCUCCAGCAAGACCAAAAAGCACAGGUUCAGAUAUUGAAGCGCUACGUCACUCUCUGUCCAUUUCCAUCUAGAAUCUCCUCACGGUGAAAACAUAAACUCGCUGCUUGAUUCUGUGUCAUCAGCAUCACACCUUCUGUCUCACUUUCUCACCCCCUCGUCUGUAAAAAUAGACCUCUCAUCUCGCUCCGUAUUCUAACGAGCCACAGGAGCAAUACGUGGGGGAAAGGUUUCAGGGUUACGCAGGUAACAUUCGAGAAAAAAAAAAAUAGGAAAAAUAGCGAUCUCAGUAGGAAAACAUGUCAAAGCUGAUGCUGCUGAACUAUGCAAUUCCUCCGUUCCUACUGCGGCAUCCUAACUGCUGUUAAAAAAAAAAAAGACAUCUCUCGUCACCUUCUUGGCCCCUUCCCUUUUAUCUCUGUGGAAUAGACUUUGUGAAUGCAGGGACUAAUGGUUCUAAAAUAGAGCAUGACCCAAUUUUAAAAGCAAUAGCAGGAGAGAUCUGAUACAGCUCCCAUCGUGUAUGAUCUACAGUACAUCUGUUGGUUUAAUGACUGGAUUACAUGUAUUAUUUUACUUGUUGAUUUCAAAACAGGUUCUCCUUCUUCCUGACUGCACUUGUGUAUGUUUUAUAGUAAAAAAAAAAAAUAAGCUGACCUCAAAAUAAAAUGAGCUUUAGUGGAACUUACUGUAAAUAUGUUCAGCAAUUUAAACCACAUUUCACAUUCUUACAGUUGAGACAAUACUAUCAACCUUAAGAAUGUUUACCUUAUUUAUGUCUGUGUUGAUACAUUGUUAUUAUUUAAGAAAACUAAGCUUGACAAUCAGUCAUGCUGCUUAUUUCAAGCCGAAAUAACUGAGGGAAAAAAAGCCAUUUUGGCUUCUCUGUACUGUAUGUUUAAUGUUGUUUUUGAAGUUGUUUUUUUUUUCACCCCACACCGAAGAUGCUUGCAUCCCUGUAGAAAUGUUCAUUUUCAGUUAAGAUCAGGUUGUACUGUAUUAGCUAAUUUGAUUGAUCUUUAAGACUUCUUUCUCUUCCAUUCUACUGUAUUGCCUGUCUUAAAUCUUAUGUUUUAUUUCUACAUGUACGUUCACUUCUGUGUUUCAUGGGGCCGUAGAAAUUCAAUAAAACUAGAUUGUAUUUUGACACAUAAAAGAAAACACUUGCUUUUUGCAUAAAGUGUUGUUCAACUUA